UCACAGCUACUGUCUUCACAAAACUCGUACAUAGCAAAUUUCAUCGUCAUUUGGCAAAAAUAUUGCUUUAAAGUUGAACUUUUUUAUCGUAAAUAUAAAGGCAAUCGAAAGACGCUGAAGUAUUGAAUGUCAAGUGUCAACGCAAAUUACGCAUGUGGGCCAUGUGGCAUGCAUGGAGUGCUGGGAAAUGUAAAUGAGGUCAUACUUGAAGACAUUGAUUGGUCACAAUCGACGCGUUGCCAUGGGAAUAUCCAAUCAGAAAUACUGAUCUGAUUAGUUAAUGACCACACUGCCACAAUAACACAACGAAAAAUUCCACAACAAUACUGCUACUGCUCUGAAAGAUAUUUUAUGUUUGUAUGGCGGAAACCUUAAUUAUUUCUUAAAAGUCUUUAAAAUGCCUCAUAGGGGCCCAUACAAACAAUACGAAGUAGAUUCAAGUAUUGCAGUUCCAAAAUCUACUUUACAUGACAGGCGUAAACGGCGUUUAGUAGAGGUUAAUAUUGAUCAUCAUGUCGAAACUCAUCCUUAUCCUUUGGCUUUGAAUAAUGAACAAGUAUAUUUCGAUGAUUACGAUUUGCAGGAUAACCAUGCUCCUGACCCUGAAUUAAAUGAGACAGAGGCCCAUGAACCCCAGGGGGAGGACCUUGAUAAUAUAUUUGAUGAGGCAGAAACUGGAACAAAUAUGCAGCAAGAAGGCUUACUGAAUGAAAACCCUCUUUAUCAAGGAUCUAAUGUUACUACAGCACAAUGUCUCCUUCUCGUAAUGUCGUAUGUAAUCAGACAUCAUCUUACACAUGAGGCACUACAAGAUCUGUUGGUUCUGUUGAAUGUUCUUUUACCAGAUUCUAUACCAGCAACGAAAUAUAAGUUCUUCAAAGCAUUUAAUUGUGGUUUAUUUCAGAUUCACUUCUAUUGUCCAAUGUGUUUGUUUUACCUUGGUGAAAGCAGAGUGGAAAGAAAUUGUGAAUCUUGUGGGGAACUAUUUAAUGUUGAUGAGUGUACCAAGAACGGCAACUAUUUCUUAUAUCUACCCAUGAAACGUCAGAUUGAAGACUUGCUUGGUGAGGAAAAAUUAAGACAACAUUUAAUGAACCGUCUCACUAGGAACAAAAAUUCCACGGGUGUCAUCUCUGACAUAACAUCUGCAGAACUAUAUGGCAAGUUAGCAGAGAAUCAUAACUUUUCUGGCAGUCAUGAUUUAUCACUAACGUGGAACACAGACGGAAUUCCUGUCUUUGAAUCGUCUAAUUAUGCAAUUUGGCCAGUGCAAAGUGCAAUUAACGAGCUGCCUCCUCACUUACGAGAGAAGCACAUCCUUCUGCAUGGCCUCUGGUUUGGAACAACAAAACCAGCUAUGAACACUUUUCUUAAGCCAUUUAUUGAAGAAUGCAAAUCCCUUGAGACAGUUGGUCUUAAGUUUGAAAAUGAUGGACAGCAAGUAAAGGUUUUUGCGCACAUUCUCAGUGCCGAUUCACCAGCAAGAGCCAUUGUCAAAAACUGUAAACAGUUCAAUGGUAAACAUGGAUGUGACUGGUGUGAGUUUCCCGGUGAAACUAUUGAUAAUGGUGGUCCGCCAACCAGAUAUUAUCCUUACAGAGGCCCUCCAAAGAUGCGAACAGCUGAAAAGCAAGUUGAAUAUGGUCUUCGAGCAAUCCAAAAAGGCGAGGAUGUCAAGGGAGUCAAAGGACCAUCCGUUGUUGGAAUUCUACCUUCUUUCGACCAAGUUCGGGGGGUUGCUGUUGACUUCAUGCAUUGUGUCUGUUUGGGUGUCACGCGUCAGUUUGUAAACAUGUGGAUGGAUAGUCGACAGCAUGAGAAAAGUUUCUACAUUGGUAGAAGUGAAGAAGAGAUCAAUGCCCGACUAUAUUCUAUUGAAGUUCCUGGGGAAAUGAGCCGUGCACCGAGGUCGAUUAGUGAUAGAAAUCACUGGAAAGCAUCAGAGUGGAGAGGCUUCAUUUUCUACAGUCUCGUUAUACUCCGUGGCAUACUUCCAUCAACACAUCUAAAGCAUUUCUUCUUGUUUGUUUACGGCGUGUACUCUCUCCUUGGUGAUUCCAUCACGGAAAAUGAUAUCAAUUCUGCAGAAGGUUGUUUAACAAAGUUUGUUAUUGAAGUUGAAAAAUUGUAUGGCUUGAAAUAUUGUACAUUCAACGUGCAUCAGUUGAUCCAUCUUGCUCAGUCAGUUCGAGAUUGUGGCCCUCUUUGGUCUUCUGCAGCGUUUAUUUUUGAGUCGAACAAUCACACAUUGCAAAAAAUGUUUCACGGUACGCAACAUAUUCCGAGACAAAUUGUAGAGACAUACGUGAUUACCAAAAGGAUUCCUGUACUUGCUAAGCAAUACAUCAACGAUGAAAGUUGCCCCGCUGUUUACCAACUGUUUCAGAAGUUGAGAGAUGUUAAGUCUUUUGACAACGAUGUGUCCCUAGCAGAAGGUGUUCGAGGUGUUGGCAAAGGAAGAGCUAUCCAGCUCUCUGCAUCACAAGUGCUCGCUGUGCAAAAUUUGAUUGGUGUUGAAGUGAAAAAGCGCUGUGGCUUGAUGUAUUCCAGAUUUGUUGCAGAUAAGAAAUUGUACUCAAGUAUACAUUAUGUUCGAGCAAAGAGACAUGUGAACAGAAAUGUAGCAUUUGAACAUGGCCAGUAUAGAUACGGUAUUAUUGUAGGUCUUCUAAUAAUUAAACCAGAGUGUUUAUGCACUAUGGAAGAGUUGCAAUACUGCAAAUGCAGUACUUAUAAUGUUGUGUUGGUUCAACCAAAGAUUGAGCAUGGUAGAGCGCUGUACAGAGACCCCGAUUUUAAUGUGGAAAGCUUUUUCCUGAGAGAAGUAGAGCCUGCUGCUGUACAAAUAGCAAUUUAUCCCAAUCAAAUUAGGAAGAAGUGUAUUUUGAUGAAAUUGGAAGGGAAAAAAUACUUUUUUCCACUUCCUUAUGACAUCAAUGACAAUUGAUAUAGAUAGGAUGUAAAUAUAUGUAAAUAGAGAUAUUGUAGUGUACGUAAUGUAAUUUUUAGCGACACGUUUUCCAUUUUAUGUAUGUUAUAUAUUGUACAACACUUUUGAAGAAUGGUAGAUAAUUAAAAUUUCCAAACCUGGGUUUGUUUUUUGUUGUUUACCACUAUUCUACCUAUUUUAAUUACCUUUGAUAAGUAAGUAUUACAAGAUCGUCAAGCACUAUAUAUAGGCAGAUAAAAUUGUCAAAAAGAUGGACGGGACAUGUUUUGAAACCUGAUGGGUUGAUUUUAAUCCACUUAAUAAAUUUCCUGCAUCACAUUUUUAACAGACAUUAGCUGUACUAGUAACUUGUUUUAUAAUAUCUCUGAAGUAAUAACAAAAUCGGGGAUUUAUAAAUAAGAAAAAUGGGUGACACUAUUUACCCUGAAAAACCGGAAAUUCCAAUCAAAAAAACAUGCUGUGAGACUACUAUUAUGAGUAAUUUCGAACAGAAAUUUCGGAAA